GUAAAAAAUUAAUUGUCAUGUUUGCAGCUCCUUGUUCAUUAUGUUCCAAGUUGCAGUUGGGACACUUUUCAUCACUAGCUAUAGGUCUAUGGUCUGUGGCCGCAUUCAGCUAUCUCAUAUUGCGCUUGAAUCCCUACUUGCCAUGUUCUCGCAGCCCGUCCCUGAUGUUUCCACAACUCCUCCCCAUGCCACUAUCAGCUCAAUCGGACACGUCGUAUACAAUCGUUCGGCCUUUCUGUCCUUACUGGUUUCAGCGGUUUGUAUCGCUUCCAUUUGCUAUUCUAGUGCCUUGGCGAAUACACUCGAUUCUCA